AUGGGUUCGUCAAUGUCGAAUCCAACACGAGAUCCAUCUCAAAUCCGGAGCAUUUCUGCUCGCUGGAUUGCUACUGCAGAGUCUAGUGAAGUUCUGGAAAACCACAUCCUUUGUAUUGAGAAUGGGCGAAUUCGUGCGAUAUUACCAAAAACGCAAUUUGGCGGCGAGCCAGAUCUGCAUUUGCCAACUCAUAUCCUAAUUCCAGGCUUGGUUAAUGCUCACACUCACACCCCGAUGUCAUUACUGCGGGGUUAUGCCGAUGACUUGCCAUUGAACGAGUGGCUGUUUGAGCACAUUUUUCCAACCGAAGGUAAGUUCGUUUUUGAGGCGCCAGUGGAUGAAGCCAAAGAAUUUGUGAGACGUGGGUCUGAGCUGGCAUGUUAUGAAAUGUUGAAAACCGGGACGACGAUCUUCAACGACAUGUACUUUCACGGCGAUGCUACCGCCUCUGUCGCUCGCCAGGCUGGAAUGAAGGCAGUUCUAACACAAGCUGGUUUGCUGUAUUUUGGAGACGAUGCUGCUUUCAGCGCACUGGUGAAGCAAAAUGUAGACUUUUGCUCAGCGCUAGCUCCAGACUCACACGUUCGACCAUCACUGUUGCCCCAUUCAGUUUACAUGGUGCCAGAGGAGAAACUGCAGGAAGCCAAAGCAGCAUAUGAUGAAGCUUGUAGCGGAACUCAUGUGGUGAUACACACACAUCUCCACGAAACAAAGAAGGAAAUCGAGGAUCUCUUUGCAAAAACUGGAAAGUCGGCGAUGGACGCCUUAGACUCACUUGGCCUAUUGAAUUCUCGAACGGUUGCAGCGCACUGCGUUCACAUGACGGAUGAUGAGAUCAAGCUCAUGGCAGAAAGGAAGGCCAAUGUGGCGCACUGUCCUAGAAGCAAUCUCAAGCUGGGAUCAGGUAUUGCUCGUAUUGCUGCAAUGUUAGAGGCAGGAGUCAAUGUUUGUCUUGGAACUGAUGGUGCAUCCUCCAACAACACUUUGGACAUGCUCACCGAGAUGCAGUAUGCAUCGAUGAUCGCAAAAGGAAGCACUGGGGAUCCAACGGUGUUGCCCGCCCAUGAAGUCUUGGAAAUGGCCACCAUUCGUGGUGCUCGAGCCUUGGGUUUAGACAAGGAGACUGGAUCUCUGCGGGUUGGAAAGGCGGCAGAUCUUGUAGCUGUUGACCUUGGAAGCAUUGAGGCUUCACCUAUCUUUGAUCCCUUGGGCCAGCUCAUUUACACGAACUGUAGACAGGUGAGCCACGUUUGGAUUGAUGGCCGGAGUGUGGUGUACGAGGGAAAGGUUCUGACGCUUUCUGUGGACUUGACUGCCACGGGAGAUGAGUCUGAGCUGGAGACAGGCCUGAAAUUGCCUUUGACUCCAAAUGCUGCGAUCUCAGCACAGCAGAGCCCAGCAAAAGCCUUCCGAUUUCUGUGGAAAGUAGACGUGGGCCGCAUUUGGGCGUUGGAUUGUGCUGGGCAGUCAAAGUUGCUGACAGAGCUGCUAGGUUUGGAGGCUGCCCACCCUCCAGUUGCUCGAAGGGAGAUCAUCUGUGACUUCCACUUGUUCAACCUCAGCCAUGCCAAGAUGCUGUGCUUGACACAGAGGCAAGGGGCAGUCUUCCACGCCAUCAUGGCUGUCAUUCUGGAUAUGAUGGCCGGCUGGAACACAGACAGGGAUUCACAGGGUGCAACUGCUGCAGAGUGCUUCAAAGAAUUCCAGCGGCUACUCCUCAACCAUUCCGUGAAUGACCCCCCCAAACGCUUAAUGAUCUUUGGAGGGGCGCAGGCUCGCCGAUUGACGGACUAUACCUCUGGCACUUUGUUCAAGCAUUUCCUGUUGUACCAGUUCUGCGCCCGAUGUGAACGAGACGUGGAGACGUUGCGUUUCAGCGUUGAGGUGGAGAGGCCAAUACUUCCGCCCGCGUUGGCAAACGCCAGGCAGAAGCCAAGUAGAAGGCCACAGCAGACUCCUGAAAAUGCAGACGAUGGAACUGGUGCCAGCACUGAGGAGAAAACAGCCGGAGGUGCUGGAGAGGACCUGUCUGAAGAGAUCCAGAAGGUCGUGGAGGAAAAACUUCGCAUGACUGAAGCAAGACUGGAG